AAUAACACAAGGCAUAAUACUGUCAUGUCAAAAAUGACAGUAGCAGUGACAGGCGAGGCAGGUGAGCACCGGCAGGUGGAAAAAUGGCGUCCAGUAAUAUUGUUGGAAGAUUAAUUAGCCACAACAGAGAUUCGUGAAAUAAAUAUUUGCAAUUAUUAUGUGAGAGGAACACAUGAGGUUUAUCAUUGUGUAUAGCAACUUAUUUUUUUCAACCAAAGUUGAUAGUGAAUCAUCACAUGAAGCUGUCGCUGCCAUGUACUCAACUCGUAAACACGUAAUGCGUUUCCAUUUAUUACAAGCGCAUCUUACGUGGCAAUAGUUAUCGCAGAGAGAUAUCGCGUUGCUUCGUUAAGACGUGCAUUGCACUAAAGCGCAAAUAUAUUAAUUUACUAAAGUGCAGUAAAGAAACAAGAACAAAAAAAACAUAAGAAUUCUUAGGAAUGCACGAAAAGAGAAAAAAGUUACAAACCAUGCGUGCUUUAAUACUUGUAGGUGGCUAUGGAACCAGAUUGCGACCUCUUACUUUAAGUAGGCCCAAACCACUUGUUGAAUUUGCAAAUAAACCGAUGCUCCUACAUCAGAUUGAGGCAUUGGUACAAACGAAUGUAACGGAAGUGAUAUUGGCUGUUUCCUAUCGAGCGCAGCAAAUGGAAGAGGAGUUGGUUCAUGAAGCAAAGAAAUUGGGAGUAAGGCUCAUCUUCUCUCACGAACCAGAACCGUUGGGUACCGCUGGACCGCUUGCGCUCGCGCGUGAAUAUUUAUGUGCCAGUGAUGAUCCAUUCUUUGUUUUGAAUUCUGAUAUUAUUUGCGAUUUUCCUUUUAAACAGCUUCUUGAAUUUCAUGAGAAUCAUGGUAAAGAGGGAACUAUAAUUGUCACCAAAGUAGAGGAGCCAUCAAAAUAUGGUGUAGUUGUAUAUAAAGAAGAUGGAAAAAUUGAAAGUUUUGUCGAAAAACCGCAAGAGUUUAUAUCUAACAAAAUUAAUGCAGGUAUGUACAUCUUUAAUCCAAGCAUACUAAACAGAAUAGAAUUGAAACCUACUAGUAUUGAAAAAGAAGUCUUCCCAAGCAUGGCUCAGGAUGGAGAAUUAUACGCUAUGGAAUUGCCAGGCUUCUGGAUGGAUGUGGGACAACCUAAAGACUUUCUUACAGGAAUGUCUAUGUACCUCGCUUCGUUGAGGCAAAAGCAUCCUGAACAACUUCAUUCUGGACCGGGCAUAGUAGGAAACGUUUUAAUAGAUGCGACAGCUACAAUUGGCAAGGAUUGCAGGAUUGGACCAAACGUAACAAUUGGCCCUGGUGUCACUUUAGCUGAUGGAUGCUGUAUUAAACGAAGCACUAUUCUUAAGGCAGCUGUGAUAAAGGAACAUGCAUGGCUUGAUGGAUGUAUAGUUGGAUGGAGAAGUGUCGUAGGGCGAUGGGUACGAAUGGAAGGUACAACUGUAUUAGGAGAAGACGUUAUUGUAAAGGAUGAACUAUACAUCAAUGGAGGACAAGUUUUGCCACAUAAGAGCAUUUCCACUUCUGUACCAGAACCUCAGAUCAUUAUGUGACCAAAGAGUAUAAUCUAAAUUCGCGAAUCAGUGAAGGCAUUAUUAAAUGGCAAGACAUAUGUAUUAGAAAAUGUAUUAGAAAAUUUCUUUAAUAAUUUUUAAAAACACUCAAUGUAUGUAUAAUAUUUCCCAUAUG